CCGUCCCGCCCCGGUGCCCGUGCGCCCGGGUCGGGGUUUAAAGCCGGCGCGGGGCGGCUCUGGCGGUGUCGGUGCGGGCGCCUUUCCCCUCACCUCACUUCACCUCACGUCCCAUCCCGAGCCUCCCGCCGCCAUGCCACUCGCCGCCCUUCUCCUCGGCGUCUUCCUGCUCUGCGGCCCCGUGCGCGGGAGCGACGGCUCGGUUUCCACUGCUAUCACAUGCUUUACAAGAGGACUUGACCUUAGAAAGGAGACAGAAGAAGUCCUUUGCCCAGCAAACUGUCCUCUGUGGCAAUUCUAUGUCUUUGGGGAUGGAGUUUAUGCUUCCCUUUCCAGUGUCUGCGGAGCUGCCAUACACAGAGGGGUGAUCACCAGCACAGGAGGACCUGUAAAGGUACAGACUCUCCCAGGACAGGAAAACUACCCUGCUGUAAAUGCCAACGGGAUCCAGUCUCAGGUGCUCUCUAGAUGGGCCUCGUCUUUCUCAGUGACUUCUACCAAGAAUGUAGCACUUGAAGCAGUGGGACGAUCAGUAUCAACAGCACGUCCUUCUACAGGCAAAAGACCUAAGAAGCCCCUUGACAAAAAGGCUGGGAACAAAGACUGCAAAGCUGAUAUUGCAUUUCUCAUUGACGGAAGUUACAACAUUGGCCAACGUAGAUUUAAUCUACAGAAAACCUUUGUUGGAAAAGUAGCAGUAAUGUUGGGAAUUGGAACAGAAGGGCCUCACAUUGGAGUUGUACAAGCCAGUGAACAUCCAAAAAUUGAAUUCUAUCUGAAAAACUUCACUGCCACAAAAGAGGUUUUGUUUGCCAUAAAGGAAUUAGGGUUCAGAGGAGGCAAUUCUAAUACAGGGAAAGCUUUGAAACACACAGCUCAGAAAUUCUUCUCUUUGGAAAAUGGAGCACGCAAAGGAAUACCCAAAAUCAUUGUAGUGUUUCUAGACGGCUGGCCCUCAGAUGAUAUAGAAGAAGCUGGUAUAGUGGCCAGAGAAUUUGGGGUCAACGUAUUCAUUGUAUCAGUAGCAAAACCUACAACAGAGGAGCUGGGAAUGGUACAAGACAUUGGUUUUGUUGACAAAGCUGUCUGUCGAAAUAAUGGCUUCUUCUCUUACAACAUGCCCAGCUGGUUUGGUACCACCAAAUACGUAAAACCUCUUGUCCAAAAGCUGUGUUCACAUGAGCAAAUGUUGUGUAGCAAGACAUGCUACAACUCUGUCAACAUAGCCUUCUUGGUAGAUGGCUCUAGCAGCGUUGGAGACAGCAACUUCCGCCUCGUGCUUGAAUUCAUCAGCAACGUUGCGAAGGCUUUCGAGAUCUCUGAUAUUGGUUCCAAAAUUGCCACUGUGCAGUUCACAUAUGAUCAGCGUACUGAGUUCAGCUUCACAGACUAUACCACAAAAGAAAAGGUCCUCUCCGCUAUCCGGAACAUUCGCUACAUGAGUGGUGGCACUGCUACUGGUGAUGCCAUUUCUUUCACAACCAGAAACGUAUUUGGACCAGUGAAGGAUGGGCCUAACAAAAAUUUCCUUGUUAUUUUGACUGACGGUCAGUCUUACGAUGAUGUUAGAGGACCUGCUGCUGCUGCACAAAAAGCAGGAAUAACAGUCUUCUCUGUUGGCGUUGCCUGGGCACCUCUGGAUGAUCUGAAAGACAUGGCUUCUGAACCAAGAGAUUCCCACACUUUCUUCACCAGGGAGUUCACUGGACUGGAGCAGAUGAUUCCUGAUAUUAUUCGAGGAAUCUGUAAAGACUUUUUGGACUCUAAACAAUAAAGCAAAAAUCUGCUGUUGGAUAUUACUUUUCUGAAACUGAAGAUUUAUGAAACCGAAAGGGACCCUCUAAAGUGCAGAUGGUUUAUUCUUACAUAUGCUGUCAUAGUGUAAGAGAUGAAGAAGGGCUACUUUUUGUAGUCAGUAAAGGAUUUAUGUGAGUUUGUUAGAAAUUGUACUUGAUAGGGAGAAGCAGUAUUUGGCCAACAGCUAUUAUUACUUUCAAUUCAUUUAUAGUAGCCCAAGUUUAAAGCUAAGCAUAUUGUGCACUUAAGGCUAUCACAUAGCAGCAGACAAAACAAUACAGCACUGACAUUUCUGCUGUCACUAACUAGAUGUCUUCUUACAAGGUAUACAUAAUCUAAUUUUAAAUACACAGUACUACCUGUCUUCUGUAAGCCUUCUGUAGCUUAUGAUUCUGUGUCUUUUCAAGGAAUUCUCUUGACAGUGUGAAGUACUCUCAGUGCUUCAGUUGUGCAACAUCCAUUAUUGCAGGCAGCUUAAGAAGAAGUGUGACAGAUUAUGGCUAAACAGUCUGUUUUACUAGUUGAGAUUUUGCUGUGGUGAAUGAUAGUGCUAUCUGGUUGGCAAAGUUUACACCAAAAGACACUUAACUUAGGCCCACAGAUUUCUGUGGAUUUAUGUUGUUGACUUCUGGCACAGGUUUGAAAAGUACUUACAUCACAGCAUUUCUUUUUGAGGAUCUGGGUCCCAAGUAAUACUACUGUUUCCUACACCACUAAGUCAACGGUGAUAUUGCUAACAUAUCUGAUAGCCUGGGUUUUCUCUCUCUACUGCCUUGUACUGUCUUUAUUUUACAUAGUUGUUAUUGGCUAGACAGUUACAGACAGGAACCUUGGGCAAAGAGAUUAAAGUUAGACCACACACGGGGGAAUGAAAAUAGUCAAAUCCAAAUCCAAAGGCAUCUCCAACCUUGAAACACAACUGGUUUAUAUCAGGUUACAUGGUUAGGGAAGAAGGGAGCAGACAGACACAUAAGAGGGAUUCACUAGCUCACAGAAUAAUGGAUUUCUAACAUUAGUAAAGACAUUUUCAAAAAUGUGUGAGGUUAUCUGAAGAAGAAUAGCCUUCUUGAAAAGGGGCCUUAAUUUGAUUACAUACCUAGUAACAUAUUGAUAUUUUUAUGCCUACAUACAAGGGGUUAAAACGAUUAAAUAUUUCAGAUCUUUCAGAUACCUGGAGAGAAUAAUGUCCUUCAAGCAUUCUUUAGAAAACUGUUUUUUGCAAGUAAGAUACAUAGCAGAAAACAAAACAGCACUUUUCCUACCACUCUAGGGUUUCUUUUUUUCCUUCCCCCCCCCCCCCCCCCCUUCUUUUUUGUGCUAUUGAUUGUAAAAUUCUUAGUAGUUAUGGAGUGGCACAGAAGGGAUUGUAUUCAUCAGGCUUUUGUUGUGUAUUUUUAAUAACUUAUGACUGGCUAUAUAUUACACUAAACAUGAAUAUGAAUGGCAAGGAUGCCUUGUAUUUUUCUAUUAAUUGUUAUCCCUAAUUUUGUUACGUGUUUAUAGACAAGAGUAUUCAGCUAUUGCUGUAUAAAUUCAUAUACAAUAUCAA